AUGGUUAGCGAUCGACGUAAUUUUGCAUGCUUCUGGGCGGUCCCACUUCUGGUCGUGUCGUUCUUCUCAAUAUUUGCUUUUUACUCAUUCCCGUUCGAAGAUGAAGAUGGCAGAGUUGGAAGCCUCAUCGGCUCUGCUAUCUUUAUUGUGUUGCUUGUAUAUAUUGGGUUGACCGGGCUCGCGACCUUGAUCAAUAUGCUCGUAUGCAUCUUCCGUCUAUUUAAGCAACCUGCACCAUUUGGGUUUGCUGUUGCAGCUAUUCUGCUUAGCUGCGGGCUCUACUGGUUCGGUGAUUUUGGCAUGGCUAUUGUGACAAGGAACACAAUAGGGACGCCUUCGGACCGAAUCAAGGUGCUCUACUAUACAUACUGGGUGGUGGAACGAAUUCCACUAUUCACCUUUUGA